AAGAAGACCGCGGCCCGUGUUCUAGGGACAGUACUGUAUUCUCCGCCGUAAUCAGCAGACAGAACGGGCCGUGUGAAGGGACAGAACAGCGUCCGCUUUUAGCAACACAGGACCGUAUUGAAGGCGGCUGUGAAUCAGUGUUGUGUGAGAAUCUUUACAGCCCUACGCGGAGGGAAGCAGCGGAAAACAAUUCUUUUCGCCCCGAGUCGGUGACAACAAGUGCUUUUGAUACACAAAGAGAGGUUUAGAGAAACGGGAGAGAGGCGUAAAAAAAAGAAGAGGAAGAACGAGAAAGAAGAGGCGAUUGCGAUCUACCGAUUUUACAAACUCGACUAUGGCGUCCGAAAACUCUACUGCGACUGCGACUUCGACUUCGCACUCAACAGACUCGGCGAAGAAUUGCGGCAAACUGAAGGAGAAAGGCAUCGAGGAAGCGGUUUCGAAGCUUCUCGAAGGUAAGGCAUGCUACGACUGGACGAUGCUGCCCAUGACCCAGAAGUCGUCGCUGAAACAUCGCGCCCACAUCAAGCGGCCCAUGAACGCCUUCAUGGUGUGGGCGCAGGCGGCUCGACGGCGCCUGGCCGACCAGUACCCGCAGCUGCACAACGCAGAACUCUCCAAGACGCUCGGCAAAGUGUGGAGAGUCCUGAGCGACGAGGAGAAGCUUCCGUUCAUUGAGGAAGCGGAGAGAUUACGAGCCCAGCACAAGAAAGAUCACCCAGACUAUAAGUAUCAGCCCAGACGUCGGAAACCUCCCAAAAGCCUGUCGAGCCUGAUGGAGGCUGACCCAGGAGCAGGACCUUUGCCGUAUCGCGUCCAAGGGGGUCUCAUGGCUGGUAGUGGGGGUUACUGCCCAGGGGUUGGCAUGGGCAUGACCCUGCCCCCCUCCCAUGCCGCUCCACCCACACCGCCUAAAACACCUCAACAGCAUAACAUAAGGUCCGGCUCGUCUGCCAUCGCCCCAGGGAUGGCCGAAGGGAACGCCAGAAGCGACUGUAGCUUCAGCAAAUCGGCCGCUUCUUCCAUGUACGGCAGAGACCAUCACGGGAGCCACACGCAUACGCACUUCGCUGGACUCGACGCUUCGAAGGCUCAGCUCUUUGGCCAAAGUAAUAGCAGUACCAGUGGCAGUGGCAGCCAGUACAUGAAUGACUCAAAUCCUGGAGCUAAAAUGGAGGCCGCGAUGGCUCUCCAAGCUGCAAGAAACAAUUUCUCUUCAGCAGCCUCGUCUUCGUCUUCUUUCUCUCCGUCCAGUUCCUCCUCCGGUUCUUCGUCCUCCACUUCGUCAGCAGCGUUCUUCCGAGAUGACACCACAGCCAACAUGGCGGCUAACCUCAUGAGGCCCGCCUUCGGGCAGGAUCUAUUCCAGGGCCACAUGUUUGCAGGAUCAGCUCAUGCCCAGGGUGCCAUGAAUCUACAGGGUGCUCAGUCUUUCUAUCACUAUGGUGCCCAAGGUCUUCAUCCAUACUAUAUGACACCAAGAUAACCAGUUUUUCCAUAAUGGCAUUUGAGCUUAGGUUGAGUGAAGCAUAUAAUGCUGCAUUUUCACCAUUUCUUUGAGAUUCAUCUACCAACUUUUUCUAAUGUAUGAGGUCUCCAGCUGUCAGAUAUCCUUUUUAAAAUCCUCAAGCCCAAGAAAUCAUUCAGUAAAAAAGGAUACUGCCUGGAAGACAUCCUAAUACACUUUCUAUUUCAAGAACUGGUAAUGUAAUUUUGAAGGUCAGGAAAUAUAUUAGAAAAAAUCAACUGUAAUAGCAUAUCAAGGAACUGGUGAAUAGACAUUCAUCAUAGAUAGUUCUGAACACGAGUUCUGAGCUGUAAAGUGAGCAUAGAUUGAAUCUCAGACCAGUGAAACUUAUGGUAAAAUGGCUAAAUACUGCAUAUGCUGUACAAGUUCCAUAGACAUAUACUGCAAUUUUUGAUAAUGUGUUAGUCCUGUGGCACAAGUUUAAUAUACAGUAAACCAAAUGACCACAUGGCUGUCAUGUCAGUUACCCAGUCAAAAUUGCUGGGCCAGAGAGGUUCAACCUAGAAUUGGUUAAUGGAGAAAAAGCAGCCAUUGGAGAAGCUAUCUGACUAAUUAGUCUGCUAAUAAACAGUCAAAAUCGAUGACACAAUAUAUCUUGCUGAUAUAUUCUCAAGGGUGAGGUAUUUCUUAUUUGUGAUUUUUUAUUAUUUAUAUGCUUUGUAGCCACAAUAUAUGGCUGAUGUUAUUUCUUGUGGUUGUGGUGUCUGUUUCAUAUGAAAUCAUUUAUUCACAAGAUGUGUGUUUACAAAAAAUAUAGACAUAAAAAUAAUUAUGUAUAUACAAGCAAAAACCAAACAUGAUAAUAAUUAUGUAUAUAGCAGAUUUUUACUUUAAUUGUUGUCAAUGUGAAAAGUGAAAUUUGUGAAAAAAAAUAAUAUGAUAAAAUUAGUAAUAAAUAAUUACUAUUUAUUAUUGCACUUUUGGGAUGAUCACUUAAAUGAGGUAACCUUUGUAAAUGUAUUUAAAUACAUACAUUUUAUUAAUAUAAUUUUAUAAGUUUUUUACAUCAAAUGUGUAACCUAUUUAAAUAGUUUCAUUAAGACCAUUGUUAAAACUACUAAGCCCAACUAUAAUUUCAUUUAAUAGUGUGUAUAAAAGCUAAUCUCUAACUACAUAUAAUUAAUCCUUUUAUCUAAGGGUUAAUAAAUCAAAAUUAAAAAAAAAUCAUUUAUUAGUAAUACAGAAGCAAUACCUUUAAGAAGGAAAAGUCAAAAUGGAAGAUUUCAUUAUUUGUAAACUGGUCUGAAAACAUUUGGCCUCCUGACAGAGUUAAAGAACACUCUACAUUAUCAAAUACCUUGACAAUUUACCCAUUGCCAUCAGUACACGUACUGCCUACUGUAGUUUUGCUUUGUGAAUUUAAUUUACACACAGGUGGCUACACAAACACUUCAGCACCAAGAAGUCAAUUUGCAAGCCUAACAGAGCUCACCUGGAUUUAAGGGGAAAAGUUUUUUUGUUGUUUUUCUUUCACAUAUUAUUAUCAUCUGUAGUAGUAGUACUGACAUAAUAAUUAUACUCAUGUUAUUAACAGUACUAAAAGCAAUGAAAAUAAGUGGGCUCACCUGUAUUCACGGGGAAAAGUUUAUUGUUGUUUUUUCGUCAGAUAUUAUUAUUAUUAUACGUAGUAGCAGUAGUAUUGAGAUAAGGAUAAUACUCGUGUUAUUAACCGUACUAAAACCAAUGAAAAUCAAAUAAAGGUUUUCUAUAAAUCAAGGAACAGGUGUGAUCAGGUAGGGCUAGUCCUUGGUGAUUAACCAUUUGUGGAGCCAUCUAUUUGUAUACAACAUUCAUAAACUAAAAUCACAGUAGACAUGAUAAGUAAGUACAUGCCAUCCCGACAUCAAUGGGUUAAUGUGAACACAAUGCAAGAAAGUAUACAUCCUUCAUUUGAAUAAUUCUUUUUUUUAUCAAUUUCAUCUACCUCAAAGCCUGCUGAGAUAGCAUUACAAUAAUAUAUGAGCAUAUACAUUAUCAUAUUCAUAUAUGCAUAAAUUAUUUACUGAGAGCUCUCAAACGAGAUGUUAAUUUACCCACUUCAUUCUCCUAAUGUGAGCUCUUCUGAUAUAAUCUGCUGUCCUUCAUGGUUGGCAUCACAGACUAGCAUUAGACAAACUUCAUUUCAUGAGGCUUCAAUAUCCACAUCAGAAGUGUUAAAUGGAGUCUAAGAAACAGUAUUGUUUGGCCAUUAAAGAAAGUAUGCCAUGUAAUAUUUUUCCCAUUAUGUUAUGAAAUCAUUGCAUGAGUUUUCUUACUAGCAAUUUUCAAUCCACAAGAAAGACAUGGCGCUUAAAGUUCACAACGUGCAGGGAGAUUCAACUCUAAAAACAAGAAACAAAGAUGAAUAUCUGGUUUUCUCCUGUUUUACAUAGGUGAAUAGACAAAGUCUGCAGAACACAGACAUGUGGAGCACUGUAGUAAACAUGUAAACAAA